CCGCAGUAAAGAUGGCGGCGCGGAGGGGGGGCGGCGGCCAUCCGCGGUGCGGGCGAGCGGCGCCUUUGUCCCCGGCCCGGCUCCGGAGGCGGAGAUUAACGGGGGCGGAGCUGGGGCGAGCACGGCGCUGAGCGAGCGGCGGCGGCGGCUGCUCGGGGAGAGCCGUUGCUGCCGUCUCCGCCGUCCCGGACCACCAUCGCCACCCCCCUCCCCGGCAUGAGGAAACGCAACGAGUCGGUCACGGUGGAGCAUGAGCGCGCCGCCGCCGCGCCCGCGCCGCUCGACAAAGGCUGCAGCCUGAGGCACAGCCUCCGCCUGCCCGCCGCCGACGACACGGGCAUGAAGCGACCGCUCGGCAGGCGAUACGGAUUAUGGUUCCGGUUGCGGAGGCUAAUAAUCUGGCUGCUGGGAGUGUACGUCGCCAUUCCAUUUCUAGUCAAACUUUGUCCUGCUAUUCAGGCGAAGCUGGUCUUCCUAAACUUUGUGAGGGUCCCAUAUUUCAUUGACUUGAAAAGACCACAAGAUCAAGGUUUAAACCACACCUGUAAUUAUUACCUUCAGCCAGAGGAGGAUGUAACCAUUGGAGUCUGGCAUACAGUCCCUGCAGCCUUAUGGAAGAAUGCCCGAGGGAAGGACCAGUUGUGGUUUGAAGAUGCUUUGGGCUCCAGCCAUCCUGUAAUCCUUUAUCUGCACGGCAAUGCGGGAACAAGAGGAGGGGAUCACCGCGUGGAGCUGUACAAGGUUCUCAGCUCCCUCGGGUACCACGUGGUCACGUUUGAUUAUCGAGGCUGGGGAGAUUCGAUAGGCAGCCCGUCUGAGAGGGGAAUGACCUACGACGCCCUUCACGUCUUCGACUGGAUAAAAGCAAGAAGCGGAGACAACCCUGUCUACAUCUGGGGACACUCCUUGGGCACGGGGGUCGCAACAAAUCUCGUCAGGCGCCUCUGCGAGAGAGAAACACCCCCGGAUGCCCUGAUACUGGAAUCUCCGUUCACCAACAUACGGGAGGAGGCGCGGAGUCACCCCUUUUCCGUGAUAUACAGAUACUUCCCUGGCUUUGACUGGUUCUUCCUUGACCCCAUCACGACGAGUGGAAUUAAAUUUGCAAACGAUGAGAAUGUGAAAUACAUCUCCUGCUCCCUGCUCAUCCUUCACGCUGAGGACGACCCGGUGGUACCAUUUCAUCUGGGAAAAAAGCUUUACAACAUCGCUGCGACAUCGCGGAGUUUCCGAGACUACAAGGUGCAGUUUGUUCCGUUCCACACAGACCUCGGCUACCGGCACAAAUACAUCUACAGGAGUCCAGAGCUACCUCGAAUACUGCGGGAAUUUCUGGGAGUAUCUGAACAUGAGCAUCAUCACUGAAGACUGGCUGCUUGGCAGCGCAGAGGUUUCCCUUUCUUUCCUUCCCCUCUCUCUCUCCGUUUCCUCCUCCCUCCCUGUGGGUCAGUCUGCCAUUCUUCCAUCCCUGGCACGAAAGGAGGUCAGGGAUUCCCACUCCAGUCCUGAUGUGUACCCUUGGCAACUCCAGCUCCCAGCAUCAGCGUCUGUGAUGGUAGAAGAAAGAAGUCGGUGGCUUCUUUUUCGACGUGGACGGAGGGGCGACAACAACCCAGGAGCUUGUACCAAAUGGUGAAAAGAGUAAGCACAACAGAGCCUGGCCAGUCCAGCGCCGUACCACUGAGGCCAGACAUUCCUAGGACACGUAUGUCAUGACCAAGGGUGUUUCUUUCACUUCCAACCACUGCUGCUGUUUUUUGGAUCACAUACAGACACGUGUAGGCAAAGGGCUUUGGCCGUGUCUCCAUACCACAGUUGUCUUGCUUGAGUCUGAGGUGUUCCCUUUCUAGGAAAUACACGUUUUGCCUUCCCUUUUUUCCGCUCAGUGGCUGUAAUUACAAGUACACUGAAGAUCCAGGUGGUGCGAGGUGUUUUUGUUUAGCUCUUCAGUCACAACGUGCUGCAAGUGUUGGGCUAAUUGCACACAUUUGGAAAUAAAGUGAGAUUUUUUUUUUCUUCCUUUUCCAACAUC